CUCAAUUGUCUUUCGACCACAAGUUAGGAAUGGAGGGGCCAGGACAAUGACGUUGCUAUGCAACGGGUCAACAAACACAGAUGCAGAUAGACGGCUGCAGCCAUGUCCAUGUACUCAGCAAACCAGUAUGACAGUGCCUUCAAGCCACAGAGGCUCCCGAACUGGUGUGAACCAGAGCACUGCAAACAGAGACCCUGUGCAAGGGGGGGCGCCACCACCUUCAUUGCUGAUAAUAGAGGUCAUCUGCUCCCAGGCGUGAAGAAGAGGGGAACUGCAUGGCCGGACUUUAAGGGGACCUGGGAUCUACCUGCAGGCCGCUCUGCAGACGGCCUCCGCGGGUCGAAGUCCUUGGCCUUUGACCCACAGCACUCUGUUUGCAAAAACACCACAGGCCUACAGGAUGUUGGCGAGCACACCAGUCAGCUUUCCUGUCCGAAUGAUGGGGAUGAACAGUCAGACGGUGCUGCUCUGUCACUGAACGCAGCGUCGCCCUCCACCCAGACACAACGAGAGGAGCAUCCACACCACUGAACUCCAUUCUCAGUGAAUGAAAUCCAAAAGGCUAUACAAUUGUUGAUAAAUACGGUAAAAAGCAUGAAUAUCUUUUUGUUAGAGGUGCGUUUUUACCC